AUGGUUGAAACCAAUCAGCCGAGGCCAAAAUUACGAUCCACGGACACAUCUCGUAGUCACCCUCUCACCUCCUCCUCCACUUCAACCUCCCAUCCUCAAAUCACUCGGCGAGUGUCAUCUGGCAAUUCAUUCGGAGGCGUACCGCUAGUUCCAUCUAUAUCACUUCCUGCCUCAUCCGAUCACACCCUGCAACAGGAGCAUGCUAUGCACAAUUCAAAGCUACCAACAUAUCGUAGACCUCACGCCAAUACUAUCUCAACCACCCGACCCUCCCGCAGAUCAAUAGCAGGCCUCAACGAAGUAGACUUGCUGGGUGGUGGUAGCUCUCAUCGAAUAGGCAAACAAUCUGGGCAGUUAUCCAACCUGUCGUCUCCUACCUUAGGAAAGGAUCCAAUUCUAGAAGAAGUUGGUAUAAGAAAUAAGCAAGGUCGUUAUUCCUCACCAAUAAGAGAUAAUGCAUCAACCUCGAAAUUGGUAGGCUACCUUGACAGCCUCAACAAGGAGGAAUUGAGCAUCGUCGAUACGAGGUUUGAUCUCAUGUCUGAUGAGGAGCUGAAUCGAUAUGUUAGCCUUGCCGUAUCAGCCCACACAAAUCCGCUUAUCACAUCCAUUGAUUGCACCGAUCAAAGCCCUGCUGAAGACACUAGCGAAGAUGCUGCACCCCUUGAGUCGCCUUCGAUGAGGAGACCCUCGUCUUCUCAAAGCGCUCAGAAUCCACUAUUUCCACCUUCACCGCCACCCCAGCAGCCUAUAUUGAAUGUCUCGGAACAUCCGCUAAGGGUCUUGAGCAAAGCCGUUGCUGAGCUCAGGGAGGUGGUCGAGAAACUCAAUGAGGAGAAUGAGCGACUUCGAGAAGAAACCCUACCAAUGAAGCGAGUCAAGAGUAGACGAAAAUCAGUGGAUCAGAUGUCCAUACAUGACGGUCUGACUGAAGCUAUAUCUACUUCUCUUACAUCCGACACAGGUCUUCACCCGGGAGCCUCUAAUGCAUUUUACACUGUCAAAGACACAUCCUCCAUACGAUCUUCAUCUCCAACGCCGUCACAUCGCCGUGCCAUGAGGCCAUCAUCAAUCGCUUCUUCAUUAUCGGUACCAUUCCCAUCUUCCCCGAUCACCCCAAAUCCCCCUACGGCAGUUGGAUCACGGUCAUUCGGACAAGUCACUAAACCAAAAGGCUUCGUUGAAGCUGAAAGUAGAAAGUCCACUGCCUCGACCUGGACUUCUGGAUUAUGGGUGUGGAAUACUGGGAAGAAGCCCGGAGGCAAGAACGGAACUAUUGACAAACACCAACCAACUGGUUCAGCGUUGACUUCUGAUCCCACUUCGCGUCUGAUCACUAAAAGUACUAUCGAAACCGAUGAUGGAGAAUCAGAUGUAUGGAGAAAAGGUGAUGGCGGGAGUAGUCCCAGCUUCAAGGCCAUAUUUCUGGCUACCCGAAUCAUAACUCCUGACCCCUCCUCCAUCCUGAAUUCUUCUGAAAUACCAUCCAAUUCACUCAUCGCCUAUCUCGCCCACUCGCUGGUGAGUAACGCGCGCGACGAAGGUAUCAUCGCGCGUGAUUACCUGUCCAAUCGACGAAGAUCUCGGGAUUUGACUCGUGGUCGCGCAGCAUCUACAGCCAGUCACAACUCAAUACAUGUAGAUGCUGAAAGUCUGAGAGAUUCUAAACCAUCUGGAUACAGUGAUCAAGCUAUUGCUGCUACCGCCACACUUGGUCGAACCCUCCUUUCAUCAGUAUCUAGCGCUACAAUGCGAGGUACACGGGCUAUAGCCAACAUUGGAGAGGAAUCGCGGCCUUCUUUACUGAGUCGGACCUCUUCUGCGCGAGCAUUUCCCACUACCGCUGUAUCAGCGCCCUCUGCCGUUGGGCAGUCUGGAACAUCAACGACGUUGCCGACGGAUGAAAGACCACUGCCUUCUGUCGAAAUGGCUUCGAUAGUGCCGGAUGACAUCAGACCUCCCACUGUCACCUUGUCGAGACACAAUCUUGGAUCCUUCUUUCAAAACUCAAAAUCCAAGUUGGUCACUGCGAGUAGAUUUGAAAGCGAUGAUGAGCCUUUGACCGAUAGGUAUGGUUUCAUUUAUGAUAUCCAGCAUGCCAAGAUGCUCAAAGAUGCUUCAGUUGCUGGUACCUCAGCUCCUAUGUCUUUGAAUGGCACGAUUCCUCCCAACAAACAUGUUGAAGGUGAAGGGUGGAUCGACAAACGACGGCGCGGAUCUCAAGGAAGUGAGAGAUCGACCAACCGUGAAAUGAAGCCCAACGACGUCACCGAUUCCGCAUCAGUCCCCACAUCUCGGAGGUCGCUUGACAGCAAAAGACCACCUCCUAGCAGAACACCGGAAAAUGGUUCGCCUCCAAAAGCUCGAUCAUCAUCGCAGAUCGAGGCUCAUCGACAUCGAUCAUCGACAUUACUCAGUCUGAAUCCUUCUCCGGCUAGGGCCGUCACCGCCAAGGAGCAUUUAACAGUCUCUGCAAGAGGCGCUUCAAGUCUACAAUCGGCUGUCACUACAAAUUCUCUCCCUCCGCUUUCCGCCUCUCUUUCCCAUGCGAUUUCGUCUCCAGAUGUGUCUGAAUCGGCCAAUCCUAGUCGGUCCACCGUGUCCAGCCUUCUUGAGCAGUUGACGGAAAUUCACGAUAGACAACAGCAAGAACGUCAGAAAGAGUGGGAUGCUUUCCUUCGUCGCCGAGCUAGGCAUAUACAAGAGUCAGGUAGUAGCGGUGGCCAUUUGGAGGAAGAUGUGAGAUGGGGUUCUGGACUAAUCGGAAUUGGUCAAAUGGGAGUGGGCGGGAAAAGUGGACAUGAAGAUUGGAAGGCAUUCACUAGACUGGUAAGGAAAGGAAUUCCUUUGAAGUAUAGAAGUGACGUGUGGGCUGAAUGUUCCGGUGCUCGAGACCUGAUGGUACCAGGAGAGUAUGCUGAAAUCCUCGCUGUACACAAGGAAGACAAAUCUCCCGUUUUCGCCGACAUCGAGAAGGAUGUGUCACGUACUUUCCCUGGGAAUGUCUUCUUUGGCGGAGAUGGACCAGGUGUUGGCAAAUUAAGGAGGGUUUUGACUGCGUACAGCUGGCACAACCCAGCGGUAGGAUACUGUCAGGGGAUGAACAUGUUAGCAGCAACUCUUCUUCUUACGCAUACAGACGAAGAACAAGCAUACUGGGUUCUCACUUCCCUCAUUGAUCGACUCCUUCCUCCCAGCUUUUACUCGGCUUCGCUGUUAGCAUCUCGAGCCGAUCAAGCAGUCCUAAGUGAUCUCGUAGCGCAGCUUGUGCCAAAAGUCCACAACCAUCUAGAAGACUUGGGAGUCGACUUAGCUAGUGUGACUUUUGGAUGGUGGUUGAGUCUGUUCACCGAUUGUUUACCUGUAGAAACGCUGUUCAGGGUUUGGGAUGUGACAUUUGUGGAAGGUCAUGAUACACUGUUCCGGGUUGCCAUCGCCAUUCUCAAGCUCAAUGAAAACGAGAUAUCUGGGACUGAAUCGGUGUCAGACUUGUUCACUUUCAUAUCAACAAUGACAUCAAGAUUGUGGAACGCAGACAAGCUUAUAGCUCUCCAGCAUAGCUAUAAACCUAUCAUUAGACAUAUUGACAUAGUCGCUCGAUGUGAAAAAGCCGUCGCCGACCUUCAAAAAGAGAUUGGCGAUGUGUAG